AUGGCUCCUGGGAAUGAUGCCAGCAAACGUCCUUCCACUCUCCCACGGUGUACUGCAUCCCGCUCACCCAACACAAACAGAGACCGGGCGACCUGCGACGAACGCGCGCACUAUCCCGUCUUUAAUCCCAACGAUCCACGGCACAAUCCGUCAUGGACCGGCGACGACCGCCAACAGCAAGAACCUAGCAACGAGAGCACGGCGAGUUGGAUGCGCAGCCUACCCAAGCGCUCGUUGCGCAAAGCUCGCUCCGGGUUUCUCGCCCUCAAGUCCGGGAUCCAGAGGCAUGCUGGUGUCAUGCUAACGGUCAUCACCCUGCACGCCAUGCCUAAGGAUUUGGCCAAGGCGUUGAAGUGA